GUCGUGUAACUCCGGAGGGGUUUAGGGUUUAGGGUUUAGAGGACGACGCCGAGGCCCAAUUGCAGGGAGAGAGAGGAUCCAUGGCGAGGUCGGGACCCUCCCACUGAUCGAACCUGAGCCAGUGGAAGAGGAGGAGGAAGAGGCUUUGCGUCUGAUUCCAUGACUUGAUCAAGUCGCAUUCGGCCCGAGCUUACAGAGUCGUCAACAUGGCGAAUCAGACGAAUCUGGCGAAAGGCAAACGCCGCAGCGAAAGCUUGCCAGGUGACAAUGGCGAUGUGGUCGUGCUUCACAGGGGUGAAGUGAAGAAACGGCGUGGCGAGAAGGAGGAGAACAAGUGGAAGCAUAUCAAGGACAAGAAGUUGAGGGGGCAAAUUGUUCAAAGAGAGAAGCUCUUUGGAGAGGCGGCUGAAACCGCUACGAAAGUCCAGCAGUGGUUAUUACCAAGUGAAGCAGGGUAUUUGGAAGCAGAAGACCUAGAAGAUACUCGUCAUUUUAGUCAAGAGGCUAUCGUCAAGGAAGUCGAUGUAACGAGUGCACGAAAAGCUUUCGACUUGCAAUUGCCAGAUCUCGGUUCAUACACAGUGGACUAUAACUCCAAUGGACGGUUCUUACUACUCGGUGGCCGGAAGGGGCAUCUUGCUAUGAUGGAUUGGAAGAAAUCGCGGCUGAUGAUGGAAUUACAGGUACGAGAAACUACGCGGGAUGUGAAAUUCUUGCACAAUGAGACCUUUUUUGCUGUGGCGCAGAAAAAAUAUGUCUUCAUCUACGACAGGAAAGGUGUGGAGAUCCAUUGUAUGCGGGACCAUAUUCAACCAUUGAAAUUGGAGUUUUUACCUCAUCAUUUCUUGCUCGCAAGUGUAGACAAGGCUGGAAUAUUGAGGUAUCAAGAUACGAGUACUGGGACCCUUGUUGCCCAGCAUCGGACCCAUUUGGGUCGCGGGGGUGUUCUACGCAUGAAUCCGUACAAUUCUAUUUUAGGCUUGGGGCAUAGCAAUGGGACGGUCACUAUGUGGUCUCCGAACAUGUCAACUCCUCUUGUUUCGAUUCUUUGUCAUCGUGGACCUGUGACCACUGUUGCCUAUGACCUUGCGGGUGUACACAUGGUAACGGGUGGAAUGGACGGCCAAGUGAAGGUUUGGGAUGUAAGAAAAUAUCUUCCAUUACACACCUAUAUUGCUCCGACCACCCCGAAAGCCCUUGAAAUCAGUCAGAGGGGACUAAUUGCAGUAGGCUGUGGGUCCAAAAUUGAAAUCUGGCGAGAUGCCUUGGCAACCAAACAGGUCAAACCUUACUUGUCACACAGAUUGGCCAAGGGUGCACAAGUGGAAGACUUUGCCUUCUGCCCGUAUGAAGACGUUCUAGGAACUGGGCAUUCAGCAGGUAUCUCGUCGCUUCUUGUUCCAGGCGCUGGAGAGCCCAACUUCGACACGUACGUGGCGAAUCCGUUUGAGACAUGGAAGCAGCGGCGGGAGGCAGAGAUCCAGCGUCUUCUGAAUAAGCUACCUCCCGACACCAUUGCACUCGAUCCUAACACCAUUGGUGGUAUCCUCCGGGCUGGUAACGAGAAUCAGAAAGCGAAGUUGGCUCUGUCAGAGGAAGCCAACAAAGCGAAUGCAAUUGCAGCAGGAAAGGAGGUCAAGGAGAAGAAAAAAAUGAAGGGAAAAAACAAACCAAGUAGGCGGCACAAGAAGAAGCAGUUGAAUGUCAUUACAGCUGAAAUGCAAAUUAAACGCGACUUGAUGGCGAAACAAAAGUCUGACAGCAAAAAACCUACCACCACUGUUGAAGUUAAUGACACUUCUCUUCCUCUAGCAUUAGAACGAUUCAAACGCAAGUAAUCUUAUUUAUGUAACAAUAUUUUUGGUAUGUUUGUUUCUUUAUUCGCCACACAUAUGACAACGGUGUGCUCCCCUUCAUACGGUUUUCUACCUUAUGUGCGUCGUACAAUGAGAGGAAAACGGAUCCCUCUUCAGAUUCAAGAAGCUACAUGAGAUUCUUUGUAAUCAUUAACAGUGAUAGAAACCAGUGAAAUUAUAUCAUUAGGAAGUUAACAGUCGUGCUUUCGCUCUAACCCUUAGAUGAAGGAUGAGCCGACAAUGAACACGAGUGAUAGCCGCCAUGUUUGACGAUAUUUUCUCAGUUGUUAUCCAAUGAGUUUAGCCACGUCGACCCUCAUGAAAUCCGUGGGCCGUAACGUGGACUUUA